AUGUCCAGCAAGAAAUCAAAGACAUCACGCGGCACUGAAAAGACCGCUAACCGCCACCGCCGCCGAGAGUCAUGCAAGGCCUUGGAGCAGACGCGCGAGUCCUCGACAGAUGUCCUGCCUCCCAACGCAACCACCACAGCAUCGGCAGAAAGAAGCGGCGUCGCCACGUGCGAUCCUGGUGAUGCCUUGAAGGCCGAUGCUACUCAAAAGGUGACAGACGACUGUCCGGAGGCUGGAACAGCGUCAACCGGUGUCGAAAACCGUGCCGGAAACAUAGUGGAAUUGUGGUCCACCGACACCCGUCUUGCUAGGCCGCAGUCGUCCACGGAAACACACUUCCCACGUGUCGAGCCGAUGCCUUCGCAGCCUCCACCGACGACUGUCGCGGACCUUGUCUCUGCGUCACACAGAGUGAGGAACGUGAACGCCGCUGGAGGACAACUGAAUGCCGAGGACUCUAGAGACCAGGGCCCACACACGACAGAUUCUCCGUCACGUGAGCGCUUGAUCGUGCAUGAGAUGGCCACGACUGCCACCGUUCAAGAAACGGUUUCACCGCCGAAAGAAGGGUGCCACGAGGGGAACGCCACAAAGAGCCAGGAGGGGGCGGCUCUGUCUCCGCAGAGCACCGUGUCCCCUUUGAGCACGUUGUCUCCUGACAACCGCACCACGGUCACAGCCGAGGGCACGUACGCGUCUCCAGGCGUAUUGGGCAGUGUGAUGACAUCCAGUGUGAGCCCUGUCUCGGACGGAUCCUUAGAUAAGGCCUCCGGUCCGCUUCCGGCACCCAGCACCGCUACAGGACAAGCGGCAGGGGCGCAAGAGGGCAACCCUGAAGGAGGCACGGUGACCGAGGGUCCACCGGUUAGUCUAACAGGCCCCAUGGCAGCCGCUACAACUAUCGAGGUGCGGACGACGGUGCUUGAAGCAGACCAGAAGGGUCUCAAAGUGGCACAACCGACCAUUGCAGACCGCGAACACCACGAGGCGCCAGCGUCCCAGGGCCUCUCUAGCUGUGUCCCCGGAGCUGGAAGAAUCCUUCUACAAGAGAAUGGCAGUCAUCGUAAGCUGUCCAAUUUCUAA